GAAAAUUUCCGAUGUGAUUAUAUACAAAGCGUAUAAGGUUGAAGAUUUCGCAAAUAAAUUUAGCUCGAUUUUAUUGUUAUUUGCGUUAAAUAUCUACUUACUGUUUCCCAAAACUCCUACUGAAGCCAUACUUCAUAAUACCUAUUUUUACAUUUGAAGUAAUCAACGUUGACUCAAUAUACAUUAUAACGAAAUUAUAAUAAACUUAUUUUUGUAACGAAAUAAAUUUCCGUAAAUGUAUGCAAGUACCGCAUAAGCGGAGGAAUUUGUGAAUAUACCGCUUUCCUUGAUAAGGCAUCGAUAUUUUAGCGGUAAAUCUGUGAUAAAGAACGGGGCGUGACAAUUGAGUUGUUAAACUCUUAUAAUAAUUUGAAAAGGUUAUAAUAUGGGAGCGUAUUUGUCCCAUCCGAAGACAGAUAAAACAUCUUCAGAUCAGUUUAAUGAUUUGCUAGCCGUUGGAGCUAGCUCUAUGCAGGGAUGGCGGAACAGUCAAGAGGAUGCACAUAACUUUAUUUUAAAUUUUGACACCAAUACAUCGUUUUUCGCUGUGUAUGAUGGACACGGUGGAGCUGAGGUAGCGCAAUAUUGUGCAGACAAGUUACCAGAUUUUCUUAAGAAUCUUGAAACCUAUAAAGAUGGACAAUUUGAAGUGGCACUAAAGGAAGCAUUUUUGGGAUUUGACAAAACACUGCUUGAUCCAUCGGUAGUCAAUAUUCUUAAAAUAUUGGCUGGAGAACAUAACUUCGUCGAUGCUGAAGCGGAAGAUUACGAAGAAGAAGAUUUAGCUGAAUUGCAAGAGGAAAGCAAAUUGCCUCUAAAUGAAGUUUUGGAAAAAUACAAAGGGCUUCCGCAAGAAGAUUUGGAUCUUAAGAAUUCAAACCACAGAGAAAUUUUUAAAAUGCACUCUCCAUAUUUUCGCGGGCGCCGAGCUGCAGCAUUAGCUGCCGAAGCGACUAAUAAAGCUGUAAUGGACCCCUCUGCAAAGCCAGAUGGUUCUUCAACUUCCGCAGCAGCGGCUGCAUCUGCACUAUCCGUCGAUGGUGUAGUUAUUUCUCGUUAUCCGAGCAAUGUAGUAAAUCCUAAGGCUGCGACUGUUGGCAGUAAGACUAGCAGUAUCAACAAUUUGUCCGGAAAGAAUGCUGCAUUAAAAGAUGAUUCUAUUAAUGACCAAAAUGAGGGAUCGAAUGGAACAGGUUUUAAGCGAACUUCCAGUAAUAGUAAAUUAUUCGAGACUGGUCCUAACGAUAUAACCGACAUAAACAGUUCCCAAGAGGAUGAGUUCACAGACGAUGAUGCGGACUAUGAAGAAAAUGACAUUGUCAAGAGUCCUGAUACUUCAUCCGAAAGCUCUGACUGCACAGAAAAUGACGGUGACGAAGAUGGUAAUGAGGAUAGUGACGAAGAAGAGACUGAUGAAGACCAGAUGGCUAAUGACAAUUUUUGCGCAAAUAUGAUUGAGGAACCUGGCAAAGAUAGUGGAUGUACUGCAGUUGUAUGUUUGUUGCAAGGCCGUGACCUUUACGUGGCAAACGCAGGGGACUCCCGAUGUGUUAUAUCACGCAAUGGACUAGCUAUUGAAAUGAGUAUAGACCACAAGCCUGAAGAUGACGAAGAAGCCUCACGCAUAAUAAAGGCAGGUGGUCGUGUCACACUUGAUGGACGCGUAAAUGGUGGCCUCAAUUUGUCUCGUGCCCUUGGAGACCACGCCUAUAAAACGAACGGAAGCCUACCAGCUGAGGAACAAAUGAUAUCUGCCCUACCUGACGUUAAAAAGCUAAUAAUCACCCCAGAGGACGAGUUUAUGAUACUCGCCUGUGAUGGUAUUUGGAAUUACAUGUCCAGUGAGGAAGUCGUAGAAUUUGUACGUUGCAGAUUAAAAGAUAACAAGAAAUUGUCAACGAUUUGUGAAGAGCUUUUUGAUAACUGCUUAGCUCCGAAUACAAUGGGUGAUGGAACUGGAUGCGACAACAUGACUGCUGUAAUCGUUCAGUUUAAGAAAAAGCUGCAAGAGCUACAGUCUACCAUUCAUCCAAAUCAAAGUGAAGAUAAGUUACUUAAGACAUCUGAAAAUGUUUCAGAUACUAUAAAUGAUAACAGUGCGCCCAAACGCUGCGCAUCACAAAAUGCUGCUUCUGAAGACGCAAUACUUGAAAAAUACCACUCUAAACGAUUAAAAACUGAACUGGAUCCUGCAAAAAAUAUAAGCAGAUCCGCAUCACCGAACAGUCAGAAUGAAGACCCUGGCAAGAAAGCCAUUAAGGAAGUUACUAUUACUGUUUCUUCAUCCUAAUGUUCUUGACAUUCGAAAAUGCACUCAUCUUAAUUCACAUUUAA